CGCGCUGGGAAAUGCAAAUCCGCCUGCGGUCUGUCAUCGAAUCCCGCGGAAAUCCUCCACCGGGGACUUGAGGGAACGGGACUUGGGGGGCUUUAGGAACUCGGGGGUCUCGGGGGUCUCGGGGGGACCCGGGCCACCCCCGGUUGGACCUGCCGGGAACCCGCCACCGCCGGGGAGCGACACGCCGUCGCCUGUCGCGCCUCCAGGAGCGGAAACAUCGGAGUCGGUAGGUUGAAGACGUGAGGUUGGUGAGGAGGAGAGACGGUGGCUGAGGAGGUCAGGGUGCCAUCAUGGAGGAGGUGGACAGCAUCAUUCUUCAUUCCCUCCGGCAGUGCGGCCUGGAGGUGCCGGAGGAGGUGACGGGGCUCAAGGAGUUCACGACGGAGUUGAUCGUGGAGGGCGCCGUCCUCUGCCUGCGCGUCAUCAACCCGGCGGCCGGCGGCGGUCUCAGCCACGUGCUCCCACCGGGAAUGUCGGCGAGAUUCCGGCUGGGGAUGAGCCUGGCGCAGGCCUGCCAGGAGCUGGGCUACCCGGGUGAGAUCGGCUACCAGACGUUCCUGUACAGUAGCGAGUCCGAGAUCCGUCGCCUCUUCCUCUUCCUCCUCGAGAAGCUGCCCAAGGAGAGCGCCACCUCUGCCGACCGGCCAGCCGGGAAGAUGGCUCUGCUGCAGAGGGCGAUAGCCGAGCAGAUCCGCAUGGAGCUCGCCACCCCCUGGGUGCCUCCGCUCUGCCGGACGCCGCUCCUCCUCUCGUGUCCGCAGGACCCCAGCAGGCCCGUGCCAUUCCGCUCCGUCCCGCUCUCCGUCCCCGCCGACGUCACCGACAAGACCUUGCGCAUCCCAAAAGGCGUGCAGGCGUACUGGAGCGAGGUGCUGCCCCCGGUGUCCGGGCAGUGUCCGAGCCCCGCGCGCGUGGCCGCAGCCGUGCUCGAGAACAACGCGGCCGGCGUGAGCGCCGCUCAGGAGUGGGACGCCGAGUGGAACAACCAGGGGCUCGCGUCCCGACUCACCCCGGAGGAGUACCGUCUGCGCAAGCGCGAGCGCCUGCACAAGAAGGUGCGCGAGCAGUUCCGGCAGGCCGUGACACGAGGGCUCGCCGACCCCGUCUCGGCGCUGGGGGUCACGGCGGGGGUCCUGCCGGGGGGAGGGGGCGCCCCUGCGGGGACGGCAGCGGUCAAGGGGUCCCGCUUCGUGCACACAGAGAAGCUCAUCUUCACGCAGGAGCAGGACAAGCCGGAGCUGUUGGCUUCUCCCGGCGAUCGCCGCGCCGUCAGCGAGGACACCGAGCAGGAUGUGCAGGCCCGGCGAGCGAGGGAGGCGGAGGAGCUGCAGGAGCGGCUGCAGCGCACGGCGGCACAGGUGGAGGCCCUGGAGCUGGACGCUCGGCGGCUGCGAGGGGGAUUCAUGCAGGUGGAGGAGGAGCUAGGGGCGAGUCAGCAGGCCCUGGCCGAGCACCGAGAAUCUUUCCGCGUGCGCAAGGCGACCCUUGACCUCCUGCCCGACGCCCACAACAAUGCUGCCAAGUUGCAGGCGGUGGUGGAGAGCAGUGCGAAGAGAGUGCUCGCCCUCACCGCUCAGUGGGAGUCUCACCGCUCUCCGCUCGUGCAGCAGCUCCGAGAGCUCAAGGAGCUGGGACUGUCCUGCCAGGAGGCAUCGUCUCGGCGCGUGGCCCAGAUCCGCGAGAUGAGGGUGAAGAUGAAGAGCACGGCCGAGGAGGUGCGCAACAAGGAAGACCUCCACCGCCAGCUGGCCUCCGACUACGAGUCGAUGCCGAAGGACGUCGCGCGAGCGGCCUACACCCAGCGCAUCCUGGAGAUCGUGGCCAACAUCAAGCGGCAGAAAGAGGAGAUCGGCAAGGUGCUGGCUGAUACCCGUGAGGUGCAGAAGGACAUCAAUGGGCUGGCUGGAAAACUGGAGCGCACAUUUAGCGUUACCGAUGAGCUGCUGUUUAAGGACGCCAAGAAGGACGAGACUGCACGGAAGGCCUACAAGCACCUGGCGGCGCUUCACGAGAAUUGCGCUCAGCUGAUCCACACGAUCGAGGAUACGGGCGCGGUGAUGCGGGAGAUUCGCGACCUGGAGGAGCAGACGGAGCUGGAGCGGAGCAAGAAGACGCUGUCCAACCUGGAGCGCAUCGUGGGCGACCUGCGCGCCAUGCAGCACGAGAACAGCCUCCUGGGCGCACGCAUGCACAGCGCCUGAGCACCCGCACGGCACCUGAUGAACGCCCAUGCGGGGCCUGGGUGCCCGCACGAUGCCUGCACGCUGCCUGAGCGUCUGCACGGUGCCUGGGCGCCUGUUCGGCAGCGAGGACGCAGCACGCGUCCCCCGUGCGUGACUGUGCGUGACUGUGCGUGCGCUCGCACAGUCGGUCACGCUUCUGCAACCCGCUCACGAUUCACAGCCACGCACUAAGAAAAGUAUAGCCGUAACAGAAUCCUGGGGCAAAUGUCGCUAGCGAGUAGCAGCACUUAUGAAGGCCAACACGGCACACGAGGGGGGUGGGUGGCCAGCACCACGCCCGACCGCCUUUGUCUCCCCACUGCUGAUGUUGUUUACACACCGCACCAGGUACUCUUUUCAGGCCGAGUCAACCCUAGGGGAGGCCCAGGACCGGUUCAGAUAAUCGUCACCGGUGUUAGCCGUGACUGGGAAUCGAACUCGUGUCCCCGGGUUCGUAGCGCGACGCGCUAACCGCUGCUCCACCGCUCCCCACAGCCACACGCACACACACACGCACACAAACACACAAACACACGCACAAACACACCCCUCUCUCACACUUCCCUUCCGUUCCUCACCAUCACCGCCACUGCCUUCUUAUCUCACUCCAUGCUCUCAAUGCCCCUUUUCUGUCUUCCUCCAUGCUUCCACCCGCCCACCGCUCACUCCCCCCCACACAGCCACUGCCGCUCCAAUCUCUCCCUUCCUGCUCCCCCCCCCCCGCUCCCAGAGCUGGUGGAUCACCCGAGGAUGGGAGUGGUAUCAAUUGAUCGCUCGGUGCGUCCUGUUGCUCGUCCCCCGGCCGCGGCGUCGCCCGCGACACAGCGCGGAGCCGGGCUCCGUGGAGAUAACCGCACUGAAGAUGAACUGCCGCAGCCCUCUCGGACAGAUAAACGAGCAAUUGGACGCGCGGGCGGGUGGGCGAGCGGGUGGGCGAGCGGGCGGGCGAGCAACUGGGUGAGCGGGCAAAUGGCUCCACAGCCCCGCUUCUGUCACGCCGUGGUCAGGGGAGAUGGGGGGGGGGGGGCUGGGGGGGUUGGCGCCGUUCUUGGUGAGCGCGAUCCCACGCCAUGUUAAGAGGAUUCACGACGCGCGCGCGCACGCACGAUGUAAACAAUGGAAGCGAGAAAUAAAGAAGCGGAGGAGG